GUGUGAACACCGACCAAGCGCGAAGACAACAUCAUUUUCUGAGCAGCAACUCCACUGUGUUCAGUUUUCCAGAGCCGGAUUGCCUGAAUCCCAAUACUGAAAUGGAGCAGCCAUGUCCUCAGCCCUCAGGCUUAAACACUGAACAGCAGGUGGCGCUGCUGGGUCAGAUAGUGGAACAAGUGGAGCUGAAAGAGGAGGAACAAAAAGAAACACGACAUGAUGUUCAGGCACCUCAGAGCAUACCACUGCAGCAGGAGGGAGGAGAAGAGACUGCACUGAACACUGGCCCUGGAGGAGAAGAGACUGCACUGAACACUGGCCCUGGAGGAGAAGAGACUGCACUGAACACCAGCCCUGUAGGAGAAGAGACUGCACUGAACACCGGCCCUGGAGGAGAAGAGACUGCACUGAACACUGCACUGAACACCAGCCCUGUAGGAGAGGAGACUGCACUGAACACUGCACUGAACACUGGCUCUGUAUUGGAACCAGCCUCCACCGAUGCCCCGAGCUCCUUCCCUGUUGCCAUAGAGUCUUUGUUGUUGCGGCCGUUCCGGCUGAGGUCACCACAGGAGAAGAAGGAUGUCGUAUCUCGAGGCCGCCCUACUCCGGAUCUUGACCUCACAGAGGGUGUUGAGGAAAGGACUCAGCGUUUCAGUUCCUGGCAUUACAGCAGAAAGCCGUGGCUGACGGGGUGCCCCAAAUCAAACCAGCUCUUCUGCUGGCCGUGUUUACUGUUCUCCACCGAAAGCUUUGUCUGGACCGAAGGGUUUCGUGAUCUGACGGACCUACACGAGGCCUCGGAGCGACACGAGAGCAGCGUCCAGCACAUCGGUCACAUGAUGCAUCUGCACACUCUGAAGCACGAACGUCUCAUCAGGCAUUCGGCGUCAACGCGAGCUGAGUUGUCUGCGGAGCAGCACUACAAGCAGAAACGCAUUCUGAAAGUUCUGACCGAGGCGGCCAUCAUUCUCGGCAGCCGGGAAUAUAACCCUCUGUUUGAAGAGGAAGACUCGGAAGACUCAGAAGACUCAUCAGCCUUUGUUGAUCUUGUCAAGUCUCUAGUGAAGGACAACGAUAAGCUUGCGACUCUUAUAGACCCAGACUCCUUUUACUCAGGUUUGUCAGAUGACCUCGAGGACAGGCUGACGGAAUCUGUGGAAGAAGUAGUCCUGGAUGAGAUUAAAGCAGAAAUAAGAGAUGCCGGCUUUGUGUCUUUGAUUCUACACGAAACCACUGAUGACUCAUGGGACACACAAAUCGCAACAGUCCUGAGGUACGCAACUAAAGAGGGGCUUCCACAGGAGAGGUUUGUGGAGUUCACCGAUGCGAUGGAGAAACGCACCGCCAGUGCCCUGACAGAGUAUGUUCUCACCUUCCUACAGAAAAUGGACUGUGGCGACAAGUUGGUUGCUCUAUCAUACAGCGGACAAGGCGUCUCAUCAAGCCAAAUCAGUGGCCUUGUGGCCCAAGUGAAGGAACGGUACCCCUGGGUCAUCUUCAGACAUUGGUGUGCACUGGAGCUGAGUGUAGCUGUGGCCCAAUCGUGCCACUCUGUCAAAGAUGCUAGCUUGUUUUUGGGCGUCUUACAAGACCUCAGUAGGUUCUUCUUGAACACGUUCCUGCAACGCGGGGUGGCCCUGGAGAACAUCGUUAGAAGGCGCGCCUCAAGCACAGCACCUCUUCUUUGGAAUAACAUCUCAGAAGUGGUCAAGACGAUGAAGGAGCACAGCGACUCGGUGAUCGAGUUGUUCGACAAGAUCCUAGACAGUGAGCUGGUGUUGGAUAAUGACUCCUUUUUCCGUGCUUUGAGGCUUUUACCUCAAGUUGUGGAGCCCAAGUUCAAGUUUCUGCUGGAGGUAUUUUCAGCUGUGUUCUUUCGUAUGGACGAGCUUGGAGACGCCCUUCAAAGAAAUAGCGUGGAAACAGGAUGUGGCGCGAGUGCUUUGAAGAGAACAUUGGAAGCACUGACAGCGAUGCAUGGCGACUUUGAUUCCAUUUUCUCUCAGACUGUGGAACCAGUGGACAACCCUGCAAAGAGAGGCAAAUGGGAAGACGAGACGAAGGAGGUUUUUCGUGGCCUUUACGUCAGUGUUCUGGACACACUCAUCUCGGAGUUAGAAGUGCGGUUCGAUUCCCUGGCAAAGACGACAUUUACCGAACUGCUCGACUUCUCCAAGUUUACGGCCUACGACAGAACAUUUCCUGAGGAAGCAUUCAGAUAUCUGAAGGAAACUUGCGGAAGGUUUUUUGACUUUGCUCUUUUGCGAAACGAACUCCAGGUGCUCUACGCGUCGUACCAGUUUGAGAAGAAAAACAUGUGCGAUUUAGUCGACUUCCUUCACAACACUGGCCUGAACGGCAUCCUAACACAAGUGUCCAAACUCUGCGAACUGAGUCUGGCCAUGCAACUGGGCACUCCGAAGCAGAAGAAAUCCUCUUCCGUUUUAGGAAGAAUCGAAGCGUGCAACGACUACGCCUCUGGACAGGGGAACUCGCUGUUCCUGACUAUUGAGAGGACGAUGCUGGACAAGAUGCAGGACUCCGACGGCUUCCAUGACCGUGUCAGCCGCCGGUUUGCCGAAAGAGGGGAUGGAGAUGACCUUGCUUUCGUAUGA